AUGGACGAUCAAUGCGCGUCGCAGCUGCGGAUUCUGCAGCGCCAGUAUUUCCAACUGGUUGGGCCACAUCAACUGCGUUGGCCAAACAUGGAAAUGCUGAAGAGACCCGAAGUGCAAUCAUGGCUGUUCGCCAAUCUCUUCGACACAGAGAGCAUCAGGUCGCCGCCUCCAGACCGCUAUCAGCUCAGAAUCCUGAAGAUUCUCAUUUCAAAACUUGAAGGGGCCAUCACUGACCCUGAAGAGGAUACCAGCUAUGUCGAGCUAAGAGCUCUGGUCGAUACGUUUGCUAACCAGCCACUUGAUUGUCCGCAGGAGUUAUCCGAUCAGCUCAUGUCUGCAAUGUCAUCUCUCCUUUUCACCACUGUCCCUUCUGAAGCCGAUUCGGCACAACAAAAGGCAUUUGUGACGUACUCUUACCCAGGACCUUUGGACGAGCGCACAGUGACGCUACUAGAAUCGCGGUCUGUCAUCUCGUCCUCGGGCACGACUGGACUGAGGACUUGGGAAGCUGCUCUUCAUCUCGGGUCUUAUCUCACCUCAGCGCAAGGCCAGGCCAGAGUCCGUGGCAAGAGACUGUUUGAGUUGGGUGCUGGAACGGGCAUGCUCUCGAUACUCUGUGCCAAACACCUCAAAGUAUCUGGCAUUGUAGCGACAGAUGGAGAUGAGGCGGUCGUGGAUGCAAUCAAGACAAACCUGUUUCUCAACGGGCUUGACAUCGACGAUGCGUCUGAAUGCCAAGUGCGGACAGCAUCUCUGAAAUGGGGAUGGCCUAUAGACGCAACAACCUUCUCGGAGGAUUAUGGGAUGGAAGUACCGGACCUUCUCCUGGGAGCAGACGUUACCUACGACAAAGCCGUCAUCCCUCGAUUCGUCACGACAAUGAGCGAUUUUUUCGAGCAAAAUCCAGCACUUCAAGUCCUGGUCUCUGCAACAAUACGCAACGAGCAGACGUUCGAGACCUUUUUGAACGCGUGUAAGCGGAACAGGUUCUGUGUUGAGCCUCUCGAUUUCCCGCCCGUGCCUGAACAUCUCCAGGAUGGACCGUUCUAUCCCACCACUACUCCCAUUCAGAUAUGGGGCAUCACUAGGCAGCAAAAUGACUGA